CGCUCCCGUCGCGCCCCCCGAGCCUCUCCCGGGCAGCCCCGCCGGACCCGACCCGUGGGCAGCGCCACUCGCCGGCGGCUGCCGCGGCCUGAGGAGGCGCGGCGGGAGGCUGCGCCGAGCCCGGAGACCCCCGCGCCCGCAGCGCCAUGGCCGCGUACAAGCCGGUGGUGGUGCAGGCGUGCCCCAAGCUCGGCGAGAAGAUCACGCAGGACACGCUGUACUGGCGAGGGUACAAGACACCAGUUCAGAUAAAGGAGUUCGGUGCAGUAAAUAAAAUUGACUUCUCCCCAGUCCCGCCGUACAACUAUGCUGUCACAGCCUCCUCGAGGGUAAGUGGCUUCUCUGGGGUUUCUAUGAUCUUAUCCUUGUGUUCAUAUGAUACAAGAAAAUCUAACGCCUUGUUGUUUCUCCAGAUCCACAUUUACGGCCGUUACUCCCAGGAGCCCAUAAAAACUUUCUCCCGCUUCCGAGACGCCGCGUACGGUGCCACGUACAGGGAUGACGGGCAGCUGCUGGUGGCAGGCAGCGAGGACAGCAGCAUCCGCCUCUUUGACAUCAGCGGGAGAGCACCACUGAGGCAGUUCGAUGGGCACACCAAACCGGUUCAUCUAGUGGGUUUCCUGUCCGAUAAAUACAGAAUAUUUUCUGGUGGUGAUGAUUAUUCAACAAAUUUGUGGGAUAUUCCAAGUGCCACAGAAAUCAUCUCAUAUAAUGAACAUACUGACUAUGUGAGAUGCGGCUGUGCAAGUAAAGUGAAUGCGGAUGUCUUUAUAACAGGUUCCUAUGAUCACACUGUGAAACUUUUUGAUGCACGAACAAAAAGUAGUGUCAUGACAAUAGAACAUGGCCAUCCUGUGGAGAGCGUGCUUCUCUUCCCUUCUGGUGGACUUCUAGUAUCUGCAGGAGGUCGAUAUGUCAAAGUUUGGGAUGUACUAAAAGGUGGACAGUUACUGGUUUCACUUAAAAAUCACCACAAAACUGUAACUUGUUUAUGCUUGAACAGCUCUGGACAAAGGUUAUUGUCAGGAUCCCUGGACAGGCAUGUGAAGAUUUACAGUACUACAUCCUACAAAGUAGUCCACAGCUUUAAUUAUGCAACAUCCAUCCUCAGUCUUGCGUUGUCGCCUGAAGAUGAAACUAUAGUUGUAGGCAUGACCAAUGGGGUGCUAAAUGUUAAACACAGGAAACCUGAAGAAAGGAAUGAAAAGUCUCAAAAGAAGAGACAACCAGCAUAUAGAACCUACGUGAAAGGAAGAACUUACAUGCCAAAACAGGAAGAUUUCUGUGUCAGUAAACCUGUAAAACGUGUUUUGAGGAAAUACGACAAGCUACUGAAGAGCUUUGAGUCUUCCAAGGCUCUUGAUGCAGUCCUGGAGCCACCCAUCAUGCUUCAUACUCCUGAAGUUACAGUUGCAGUCAUGCAGGAACUACAUCGCAGAGGAACACUGAGGAGUGCACUUGCAGGCCGAGAUGAGAAACAAGUUAAUCUUCUCCUUACCUUUGUGGCAAGGCGUGUGAUUGAGCCACGAUUUACUCCUAUGCUGGUGACUGUUGCAGAUAUGAUCACUGAUAUUUAUCAACCUGUGGUUGGGCAGUCAGCAAUUGUUGAUAAACAGUUCUUGAAACUUCAGGAAGCUAUAGGAAAAGAGAUUGACUAUCAAGAGGAACUACUAGAAGUCUUGGGAAUGAUGGAUACACUGUUUGCUACUUUUACUGAGAAAAGAGAUACAUACCUAGAAGAGAAUGAAAGUAAUGGUCUUACAGAGACCAUUGAAACAAAUAGGAAUGACUGACAGCCAUCACAGCAAAUUGUCACAAAAAUAUUGUGGAGUUGGAAUAUAUGAUCUGUUCUCCUUGUAACUUCUUAUAAUAGUGACUGUCAAAAUAAGCCUUUCUGUGUUGAAGAUCUGUCUUCCAAACUGUGUUGCUGAAUAGGCUUGAUUACUAAAGACAGAGAAAGAAGGAAGUUUUCAAGACUUUUCUUGCAAUAUUUUUUGAACGACUGAAUUUUUAAAAGUUUUAUUCUGAAGUUAUGUAACUUUUUUAAGGUAUGUGUUGGUCAUCCAGUACUGUCAUUAUUUGAUUUUAUUUACCAGAAAAUAAUUGAGGUUUGUCUAAUUUUGAUGUGUCAUUGUCCUUAUUUGAGGUUAGUAUCCUGUCUCACAUCCUUGGAAAUAGUAACAAAAUGGCAUAUGCAUUUGAUAACACUUGACUACACUGAGUUUUCUCUCCCUGCUUCAUCUCCAUUUCAGACUUCCAUGAAUUCAUAGGAAACCACAAAAUGACUCAAGAAAAGAAAUACUUGCUUAUGUAUAUUGAAAAAUAUGAAUUAUAUAGAAAGCAGAUAAUACUUCUAAAGGGAAAUUAAUUCAAAUUAAAUUAUUAUAAUAAGGGAAAUGGACAGCAGUGAGAAAAUAAUCAGUUAAAUGUCAGAACUCAAUUUUUGUAUAAUUCUGUCACUUCCUGUCUACACUAUUACCAGUAUGUGUUUGAAUGCUAGGGUAAUGGAUUAUUGUAACUUCAGGCAGUGCUGUAUCACUGUAUACACAUUGGAAACAGAGGUGUGCAAAGGCCAUUGAGUACAUUUAGGAUGACACUAGGCUCUUCCUAGAGCCUCCUAACCAGUAUUGCCUGGAGUUGAAGGCACACAUUUCUCUUGGCAGUGUAGUGUCCCAUGGCUUGAAAACCACAAACCUUGACAUCAAAUGUGUUCUCAGUUCUUACUGGCAAUAUUCAUGUCUAAGCUAUGUAUCCAUUGUAGUGUGUCAAAGUUCAGUGCGUGGCUAGCAGAAGCAUAGGAAGAAGUUGGAUUAAAAUAGCGAUUAAUUUGAUCUUAAUUGGAGAGAGAGAGAGAUUUGAUGGAUUGACUGUUCAGUGGAUGAGAAGUUGGUUAGAUGGUUGCAUCCAGAGAGUAGUGGUCAAUGGGUCAGUGUCCAGAUGGAGAUGAAUGAUAGAUAAGUGGUGUCAUUCAGGCGUCUCUACUAGGACCAGUAUUGGGUGUGCCUUCAUCAGUUACAUUGACAGUGGGAUUGAGUGCACCCUCAGUGGGUUUGCAGAUGACACAAAGCUGAGUGGUGCAGUUGACAGAUGUGAAGCACAGGAUUCCAUGCACAGGGACCUGGACAGACUUGAGAAGUGGACCCAUGUGAACCUCAUGAAGUUCAGCAAGGCCAAGUGCAAGGUCUUACAUCUGGGUCAGGGCAAUCCCAAGCACAAGCUGGGAGCUUUGUGUCAAAAGACUUGGAAGUGUUGGUGGAUGAGAAGCUCAGUGUGACCCAAGCUUAUAUAGCCUGAGGUGUCGGAUGUGCUUGCCUUCAGCCCCUGGCCUGGGUGCCCACUCUGCACAUCAUUAGCAAAGCACACUUGAUUGAGCCAUGAGCACCAAUAGUGUCUUACAGUGCCUGGGCGGUCACUGUAUGUGGUUGAAUGUUUGAGUCAAUAAUCACCAGCGGUUCAGUCUCUUUAAAGAAGGAAAAACACACACACACACACACACACAAAGACAUAUUUGGGGAAAAGAGAAAAGGUGGAUACCAGACUCUCUGUAACCCAAGACAGGUGCUCAGUGCAGGAAGGAUAUGGACCUAUUGAAGUGAGUCUGGAGGAGGGCCAUGAAGAUAAUGAGAGGUUUGUAGUAUCUCUUGUAUGAGGACAGGCUGAGUGACUUGGGGUUGUUCAGCCUGAAGAAGAGAAGGCUCCAGGGAGACCUUGUGACCUUUCAAUACUUAAAAGGAGCUAAUAAGAAAGAUGGGGGCAAACUUUAUCAGGGCCUGUUGUGAUAAGACAAAGUGUAAUUUUUAUAAUCUAAAGAAGGGUAGGUACAGACUAGACAUAAAAUUUUUUACAAUGAGAGUGGUGAAACAACUGAAACAGGUUGCCCAGAGAGUUGGUAGUUUCUCCAUCCCUGUAAAUAUUCAAGUAAUUGCAAGGGGAUUGGACUAGAUGAUCUUCACAGGUCCCUUCCAACCCAAACUUUAAUGAUUCUCUGAUCUUACAGUAAUUUGAUGUGUUACGAUGUUUACCAUUCAUGAUAGUCUUCCAAGUGAGUUUGCCAAGGUAGACAUGAAAACAGGUGUUAGAUAUUGUCUACACAAAUGGAAAUCUGAUGAAAACAUAGGGAAACAAAUGCUAUUUAAGAUCUUGAUGUCUAACAAGAUGUAAAAUGAAAUUUGGAAGACUUGUUUGACCAACCAGUUGUAUAAUGAAUUCUACUGGAUUUACUACCUCUGCAUUGAAAGCUAGUAUUUGUUCAGGUGACAAACUUGCCAAACUUGUGUGAUCUCUGUGUCUCUGUUAUUCUCUGUAAUGAAAAGUAAUAGUUUUUUUUCUCAUUUAAUAAGAUUUUUUUACAUCAUGCAAGCUUUUCUUCAGUACCAAGAUAAGUUAUCGAGGAGCUUGAAUAAGAUUACCACUGUGGUGCCUGUUGCUCAUGUUCUUAUUUUAUAUAAUACAUAAUAAUUAUGUAAUGUAAUAUAAAACCUCAAAUUCUGGCUUUUUUGACAGGUUGAUGGUUGAAUAGAAUAGGAAAAAAAGUUCCAGUUUGCAGUGUGCUGAUGCAUGUUUAAAAUGCUUUAUGGCAGUGCUAAGCAUACAUCUUUUUGUUCUAUGAGUGAAAAAGUAAUUUAUUUAUACGAAAUGUGGUUAUUUUUCCAGCAGUCCAUUACCUUAUGCUCCAGAAUCUAAUAUUUGAAAGUAUUUAGAUAGAAUGUCAUGAACUGAAAUAGUUGAAAUAGUUCAUUGUGCAUUAGAUUGGCAGGGAUGUAAUGCUGGGUGUCCUGUUUUGGGAAAGGAUAUUACUCUGUUUAUGUGUAAAAGUGAGCAUUUAUUGCACACAGCUUGUUCCUUUACUUGUAGGUCAUUUGGGAAUAACCAGGUUGAUUUGUGUUUAAAAUAUGGUUAAUAAAUUACCUUGCCCUACAGCAGACAGUUACCUACAAAAGCAUGUCUGUUAUUAAUUUUUUGUUAAUAUACUUUUCCUAGGAAGCAUUUUUGCAGCUGUUUGUUGGAAAGAGGGAAUACCUCCUUUUCACCAAAUGUUGUGGUUCAGGAGCACAGUUAACAUGGAGGCUUUCCUAAUGCACCCAGAAUUAGACUGUGUUUCAAAAAGAAUAGUAAACACUUCUCUUUUCCUGUGUACAGGCACCUGAAUUAUGUGGGAGAAAUGCAGAGAUGAGCUGGUUGGUCACUUUGUUCAUUUUAUCAAGCCUUCAACUGAACAUUCCCUGGGAAAUGCAUUGAUCUCUCUUCCCCGGACUAAUUCAGCUAAUGAGUGAAACCUUUAUUGCUAGAUCACUUAUAUAUUCUAACUUCUUAAGGGUAAAUACCUUUGUAUUUCAACAGAUUUGUAUUAUAGAAAUACAAGGGGUGGUUUCCUCGGGAACUGAGGCUUGUCAGUAUCCUAUAGUAAUACUACAUCCUGUUGGAAAUUACAUAAAUUAAAUUACAACCUUUAGAUUGUAA